GAGUGUGGGGAAUCCUGGUGCGCUGGGACCCGGGCGGCCUCUUUCCUUGGCGCACCAGCUGCGGACUCUUCUUCCCAAACCCCUUACACGCGCGAGCAGCCAGCCCAUGUGGAACGAUGGCACUGAGCCACUCCGUGAAGGAGCGGACCAUCUCUGAGAACAGCCUCGUCAUCCUGCUGCAGGGCCUCCAGGGCCAGGUCACCACUGUGGACCUUCGAGACGAGAGCGUGGCCCGAGGACGCAUUGACAACGUCGAUGCUUUUAUGAACAUCCGCCUGGCCAACGUCACCUAUACUGACCGCCGGGGACAUCAGGUCGAACUGGAUGACCUCUUUGUGACAGGUCGUAAUGUCCGCUACGUCCAUAUCCCAGACGGUGUGAACAUCACUGCCACCAUUGAGCAGCAGCUGGCCAUCAUCCACCGUGUGCGCAACUUUGGUGGUCGAGGUCGGCGUGAGUUUUCCUCCAAAAGGUCGUGGCGGCGCCGCAGCCAUGGAAGGAGGCGGCGGCGGCGGCGGCUCUGGCGACUGCGCUGGGAGGCGGCGGUGAGCGGCUCCCACGCCCCCGGCCGGCCCGGGCCACCGGGACGGAGCGCCGAGCAGCCCCGGCUCCGGGCUGCGGACUAUGGGCGAGCAGCGCUGAUCACCCGGGAAAGCUUCUCUCCUGACCUAGAGAGUGACUUGGAAGUUAGGACGAGUCCCCAGGGACAGCCAGCCAAGGCUUUCCUCCUGGAGCGCUCGCCCGUUGGCACCGACACCAUUCCUGCUGGGGAAUUUUCACAUCCUGGGCGGCGUUCAGGUUGUUGGCGGAAGGAAGAAGAUGACAGCCGCCUUAAGUAG